AUGGAAGCUUUUCGAUUACUCAUACCACUUCUAUUCGUUCCCUUCCUGUUUUCUUCUUUAGUUUCUAGUUAUUCUUUGAAUGACAUGCAACUUUGGUGUAACCAAACCCCAAAUCCUCAACCAUGUGAGUAUUUCUUAAGCAAUAACCCUACUCACCAACACAAACCAAUCAAGCACAAAUCAGAUUUCUUCAAGCUUUCAUUGCAACUUGCUCAAGAGAGAGCACUCAUAGGCCAUGCAAACACUCUUUCAUUAGGUUCAAAGUGCCGCAAUCCACGUGAAACAACUGCUUGGUCUGAUUGCAUUGAGCUUUAUGAGCACACCAUUCACAGACUCAACCAAACCCUAGACCCAAACACCAAGUGCUCCCAAGCUGAUACUCAAACAUGGCUCAGCACAGCUCUCACUAACCUUGAGACAUGCAAAGCUGGUUUCUACGAGCUUGGUGUCCAAGACUACGUGCUGCCUCUCAUGUCCAACAAUGUUACUAAGUUGCUAAGCAACACAUUGGCUCUUAACAAGGUUCAAUAUGAAGAACCAAAUUACAAAGAAGGGUUCCCAACAUGGGUCAAGCCAGGUGAUAGAAAGCUCUUGCAGACAUCUUCUCCAGCUUCUCAAGCUAACGUAGUGGUGGCAAAAGAUGGUUCUGGAAAAUACACAACAGUUAGUGCAGCCAUAAAUGCAGCACCACUAAGUAGCAGCGGAAGGUAUGUGAUACACGUGAAGGCAGGAAUAUACAAUGAACAAGUUGAGAUAAAAGCAAAGAAUAUAAUGUUAGUUGGAGAUGGUAUUGGCAAAACCAUAAUCACAGGUAGCAAAAGUGUCGGAGGAGGCACCACAACCUUCCGUUCAGCCACUGUUGCUGUUGUUGGAGAUGGAUUUAUGGCUCAAGAUAUCACAUUCAGGAACACUGCUGGUGCAGCAAAUCACCAAGCUGUUGCACUACGUUCUGGAUCAGACUUAUCAGUAUUUUACAGAUGUAGCAUUGAAGGUUAUCAAGACACAUUGUAUGUGCACUCUGAGAGACAGUUCUAUAGGGAAUGUGACAUCUAUGGCACAGUUGACUUCAUCUUUGGUAAUGCUGCUGUUGUGUUCCAAAAUUGCAACCUUUUUGCAAGAAACCCUCCGAACAAAGUUAACACAAUCACUGCACAAGGAAGAACCGAUCCAAACCAGAACACAGGCAUUUCCAUUCACAAUUGCAGGGUCACAGCUGCUUCAGAUUUGAAACUAGUUCAAAGCUCAGUAAAGACUUACCUUGGAAGGCCUUGGCAACAAUAUUCACGAACAGUUUUCAUGAAAACUUCUCUUGAUAGUUUGAUUAAUCCAGCUGGUUGGUUGGAAUGGAGUGGUAACUUUGCAUUAAACACUCUAUAUUAUGGAGAGUACAUGAACACAGGUCCUGGUUCUUCAACAACAAACCGAGUUAAAUGGUCAGGGUAUCAUGUUAUUACCAGCGCUUCUGAAGCUUCAAAGUUCACUGUUGCAAAUUUCAUCGCUGGCAACUCAUGGUUACCAUCCACUCGUGUGCCUUUCACCUCUAGUUUAUAA